UGAUAACAUAUUGGUGUUUCCCUGGCCUCGUUCUUUUAUUUUAUUCACUCAGUAUAUGCUGAUGCUUGCCUCGCCCUCCCUUCCUUCAGUUAAAUACUUUGUCAAAUGUGUUUUCAGAUUUUUGGUUGUUUUAUUAUCAGAGGUCCAUGGGAACUUUGAGCUUAAGUGUCAUUACUGCUUAAACCCCCCCAAAAGAGAAAGAUAAUUGAUUUUUUUUUUUUUUACUGAUCUGUGAUACCUUUUCCUCGAAUUUAUGAUGCCAGUGUAUAGGCCUACCUAGAUAAAAAAAAAAAAAAAUAGUGUAUGUCCAGCAUCGUAAAGGUUUAUCAAAGUCUCUUUUCUCUGAAUUGCAGAAGUGAUGUGAAUGGGGAAGCGACACCAAGAAUCCUAAAUACCCAAAACCAUGGAUGACCCAGAAUCGCCAUGCAGCGCCCGAACCAAAAAUGGCUUCCGCGUUCUCAAAGCUGCCCUCGUGGUCUCCGCCGCCUUUAUGGUCACGCUAUUUUCCCUCUCAGGUCGAUAUUAUGGAAAUUACCUAACUACCAUAAUGCCCGAGGAAGUUUCAUACCCAGCCUGGGUCGAACACCUGUGCCCCAGGUACUACUAUGGGAUACGUCGGUCGACUGCUGGGCUUCUGAAACUUUCUUGGAAACCACUAACGGACGAUGCCAUUUUCUUCAUACAGACUUCGUGCGCUCGCUCUCUUGGUAGCAGACAGGCUUGUGUGGUUGAGAGUGCCGCCCACCACCACCCGCAUCAACCAAUUCGCUUACUCAUGACUGCACCAUACAUCAACCACACUCAUCCGUUGUUACAGGUGUUGUUGGGCCUACGGAACGUCCAGAUGCACUGGCUCGACCUCGAUCAGGUUUUUGUCGAGGAGCCCCUUCUGUCGUGGCACCGAGACCGCUAUUGGUACAUGAAUCAAGUCUUCUUAGACAUUGCCCCGGCCACCGUGAGCGACGCGGUCAGGUCCGAGCUACUUCGUCGUAUGGGCGGAGUCUUCCUGGACCUCGACGUGAUUACGCUACGCCCACUCCCCGCCCGCGCUAACUGGGUGGGGCGUCUCGAUCACAACCAGGUCAGCACCGCCGUGGCCAACUUCACGAAGAACCAUCGGCUUUUACAAAUGGUGGUUGAUGCUAUCCCAAAGGCACACGACCCGAGGCACUGCUGCACCAUAGGCCCAGCGCUUGUCACCAGCUACCUCCACCAGCUGUGCCCCGACAACGUCACCAUCCCCGACGCGACAGACCCACAGACGAUGGAGUCCUGUGAUGACAUAAAGAUCUUCAACACCCACGCCUUUUUCCCGCUGUCCUACGUGAAGGAAGAUAUUCUCCGGCUUUUCAAAACCAGGGAAGGUAUCGGUCCGCAGUUCCUCGCUUCCACGCGGGCCUAUACCUUGCAUCUGUACCAUUCCCUUACGAAAAGCGGUCGGCUGAUCACAAGCAGCGACUCAAUUCUGGAAGAAGCUGCGAGGAGGAACUGUCCGAAAGUAUACAAGACAAUUAUAGAAAAUAAUCUGCUGUUAUGAUGCUGCGUUCAACACAGGUAGAUUUCUCGUGGUUAAAUUGGUUGGAAAAGUGACUCAGUUUUUUGGUAAAUUGUAUUUUGAAAAUACACACUGUUUUUGUAAAGCCGCUUGUUAUAUGCAUUGUUUAUUACAUCAGGAACCAAUCUAUACAUGCUUAAUGAGUGAUAUUUAUGUAAUACAACCGUAAGGAAGAAUUGAAUGACUGCGACAACGAUACUUUUUUAAAAUCAAUUUUGUUCAAUAACUGCAGAACCACUAUCAUCACUGUUCCCAGGCUUGAAAUAUAA